ACCGAACUCCCAACCAAUCCUUCACUGAUCGAGUGUCCAGUGUCCACCACCAAAAAAAAAAGUAACCAUGGCAGCAACAACCAGAGCCGCCUUUGGCAGCAACGCCACCGCCGCAGCCUCUUCCCGCAUCCUCCUCAAAACGCCCUUCGAUUUGAAACGCGGCAUCAACGCUCUUAGCUUCAACGAUGGCAGACGAUUGUCGGAAAGAUUAUUUUACUGCAAUGCCAUUUAUAACCCUCAGGUUCAGAUAAAGCGAGAAGGUCAACCCGAGACCCUCGACUAUAGAGUCUUCUUCGAAAAUACUUCCGGCAAGAAGAUUUCUCUUUGCAUGACAUUCCAUUCCAAUUGGGAGAUGGUGUUUUUAACUUCAUUGUUGAGAUACCCAAAGAAUCAAGCGCAAAAAUGGAGGUUGCUACUGAUGAGCUAUACACUCCCAUUAAGCAGGAUACAAAGAAGGGAAAGCUUCGAUAUUACCCCUAUAAUAUAAACUGGAAUUAUGGAUUGCUUCUACAAACAUGGGAAGAUCCAUCUUUUGCGAACUCUGAAGUUGAGGGAGCAUUUGGUGAUAAUGACCCUAUUGAUUUUGUGGAGAUUGGUGAUGCCCGGGGAGAGAUUGGUGAAAUUCUGAAGGUUAAGCCCUUGGCUGCUUUAGCCAUGAUCGAUGAAGGGGAACUUGACUGGAAAAUAGUUACCAUGGCUUCUCUUGUGAAUGAUGUCGAUGAUGUCGAGAAGCAUUUCCCGGGGACUCUGAUUGCAAUUAGAAAUUGGUUUAGAGACUACAAGAUCCCUGAUGAAAAACCAGCUAACAAGUUUGGUCUUGGCAACGAGGUAGCAAGCAGGGAAUAUGCUCUUAAGGUCAUUACAGAGACUAAUGAGUCUUGGGCUAAACUUGUCAAAAGAUCGAUUCCCGCCGGAGAACUUUUCGCUCGUAUAACUACUACCCGGAACAUUAGAGGCUAUGCUUUCAAAUUUAAACUUCACAAAAAAUGAGUUUUUCGCCUUUGGAAAGCAUGUCUUGGUAAUCAUAUGACUUCAAUACCAAUGAAUUUCUAUCUGCUUAUCAUUUGAACACAUCAGAAUUCUUUUUUUAUGAAAACCGGGACUGGAUUUCACAUUCAUAUGGUUGUUCUGUUGUGGAUAAGUUCUAGCAGU